CGUGGACGUAGUACGUACGACUGGUCGCUGACAGCAAAAACUCGAAUAAUCACCGAUUAGAAAAUAUUAGAUAUUUUCAUAUUCUGUGUAACUUAUGCAAGUAAAGUUCAGUGUCCGUUGUCCACUAUCCAGUAUCCAGUGCCAAAAACAAAUAAUAGUUCAAUUUAAUAAUUAUAAUAGAAAUAAUACAACAGUUAUAGUAAAAUUAAUAUUUUUACUGUUGUGUACAGCUUUUCCAUGUGAAAAUAGAAUUAGUAUUUUAAUGCUGUUAAAUAUAAACAUUGCGCAGUGAAAUAAAAUAAAAUACCAAUGUUUUUGUGUAUUCUGUAAAUUUCUGAUCUUGCAAUUUUCGGAAAUAAUGGAAGAUAAAUAUAUUCUCUCAUUGGAUAUUGGAACUACAACCAUACGAGCAUUUAUUUAUAAUUCUCGUACAGAAACUAUAGCUAAGGCAGUUGAUCAUGUAAUACUGCAUUAUCCAGAACCAGGCUAUGUAGAGAUUGAUCCUGAUGAAUUAUGGAACUCUGUUGUUGACGUCAUUAAUAAGGCUUUAAAAAGUGCCAAGUUAAAUCCUAGACAAAUAACUGCGAUGGGAAUUUCAACACAGCGGAGUACUUUUACAACAUGGUCUAGAGUAACAGGAAGACCAUUUCAUAGAUUCAUCACAUGGAAGGAUUUAAGAGCCGAUAAACUAGUUAAAUAUUGGAAUAAUUCAUAUUUGUGGAAGUUUAUAAAGGUUGGUGCUUAUGUAUUAUAUAUGGUAUCAAGAAGUAAAAGAUUUAAGGCUGGAAGUGUUUUUAAAUUUUCAAAUAAUCAGACUACUCUGCGACUCUAUUGGGCUCUACUGAAUGUACCCGAAUUGAAAAUUGCAAUUGAGAAAAAUGAUGCAAUGUUUGGCACAUUAGAUACAUGGCUUUUAUAUAAAAUGACAGAUAAGAAAAUACACAUGACUGAUGUAUCUUCAGCGUCAGCGACGGGUUUCUUCGACCCGUUCACUAUGCAGUGGGCCGGGUGGGCCAUGUCCAUAUUUGGAAUAUCAUUUGACAUGUUGCCCACAAUUGUGGACACUGCAGGCAACCACUUUACCUGUACAGCGAAGGAGAUAUGGGGGCAUGCUAUACCCAUCAAGAGUUGUAUAGCUGACCAAACAGCUUCCAUGUGGGGCUCAUGUUGCUUCGACGUUGGAGACGUGAAGCUAACGAUGGGGACUGGGACAUUCUUCAACAUAAACACCGGUUCUUCGCCCCACGCCAGCGUGUCGGGGCUUUAUCCUGUAGUGGGGUGGAGAUUGGGGCAGGAAUUGGUCUUCUCGGCGGAAGGGGCCAAUAAUGAUACCGCUAGUAUUAUUAAAUGGGCCCAUAAUUUGGGCCUAUUCGAAAAACCAGAAGAUACAGCUGACAUAGCGAUGUCUGUCCCGGAUUCGGAUGGUGUGUUCUUCAUACCGGCUUUUAGUGGACUAGGGCCCCCAUACAACGAUUGUACGGCGGCUUCAGGCUUUAUAGGAAUGAAGCCUUCGACAACCAAGGCGCAUCUAGUACGAGCGGUUUUGGAGGCGAUAGCCUUCCGUACGGCGCAGUUGUACGAUUGUGUACGAAAGGAAACGAACUAUACGUUCAAUACUAUACGUAUGGACGGUGGCGUGUCUAACAAUGAUUUCGUGGCCCAAUUGGUAGCGGACCUCACAGGGCUCAAAGUGGAAAGACCGGUUGAAGUUGAAAUGUCUUCGCUUGGAUGUGCUCAUUUAGUUGGACUCACUUUAGGUAUAUUCAAAUCGAAAGAGGAGCUUAAAUCCCUCCGUAAAAUAGGUACUGUAUUUACACCACGUGCGCACGUCAAAAAAUCGUACGACGUCACGAUUUCCCGUUGGGAAAACGCCGUCAAACGGAUGUGUGGAUGGUAUAUAGACAAUAAGUCGUCCCAAAAUAGUAUUUCCGAUAGUUCUGUGACGCCCCAAAACAGCUUCAAGAAUGGCAAGGCGAAAUAGCAUCGGUUUUUGUACCUAUUUCUCAAGAGUUUACACGGACUCAGAUGAUAUAGGGACAAAUUUUAUUUGUUGUUAUAUGUGUAAGGUAUUAUGGACUUUAUGUCAAGUGAAUAGAAUCGAUUUUGUGGUGGGAUUAGUGUUUAUACUAGCUGGGUCGUAUUUUGUACUAGUUUUAUAAGAUUUAACAUUUAUAUGAAAUACAGUCGUAUUUUUUCCCCUAUACAAUACCUCAAUAUACGAGUUUAAUGUUUAAUUCGGUCAGAUUUAGGGGAGGGCAACCGGGGCUAGAGCCCCCACAAAAGAGGGGCGCCCACGAUAGAUUUCAGAUUUUUUUCUAUUACAAUCUCUUAAAGUUGACAACAUAUGGCGUUAUUUCAAAUCUUCUUAUACAAG